UACGUGUCACCGGCUGGCUACGGUUCGAGUCCGUGGCGGACGACGAGCUGAAUACCUUGCCUGAGACUGGGAGAUUCUCCAACCGAGAAUCGUAGAAACAAGAAAAUCUUAAGGGACCGGACCCUAAUUAACUUACGAACUAACGAAGAAGAAAGGAAGAAUUCGCCAUGAAGAUCCUCCCCGUUCUUUGCCUUGAAGACAACUACUCGUACAUAAUCAUCGACGAGACAUCUAAAGAAGCUGCGGUUGUCGAUCCCGUGGAGCCAGAGAAGAUCCUUCGGGUGGCUGCCGAGAAUGGCGUUGAUCUCAAGCUCGUUCUCACCACUCAUCAUCACUGGGACCAUGCUGGUGGCAACAAUGAGAUAAAGAAGCUGGUUCCUGGAAUUAAAGUUUAUGGUGGUUUGGUAGAUAAUGUGAAGGGAUGCACAGAUAAAUUGCAACAUGGUGAUAAGCUGAAACUGGGGAGGGAUAUUGAUAUAUUAUCGCUUCACACCCCUUGCCAUACUAAAGGUCAUAUAAGUUAUUACUUGACGGGCAAAGAGGAAGAGGAUCCAGCUGUCUUUACUGGAGAUACAUUGUUCGUUGCUGGUUGUGGGAAAUUUUUUGAAGGCACAGCUGAGCAAAUGUAUCAAUCAUUAUGUGUGAUAUUGGGAUCAUUGCCAAAGCCAACUCGAGUUUACUGUGGCCACGAGUAUACAGUGAAAAAUCUGCAGUUUGCAUUAACGAUUGAACCAGAUAAUGCAAGAAUAACACAGAAAUUAUCAUGGGCACAGCAUCAACGACAGGGAAACCUCCCUACUAUUCCCUCAACCAUUGAAGAUGAGUUGGAGAUUAAUCCAUUCAUGCGGGUUGAUCUACCACAACUGCAGGAAAAAGUUGGUUGUCUCUCACCGGUUGAAGCCCUCCGGGAAGUAAGGCGUCGCAAAGAUAAUUGGAGAAGCUGAUUAAGGACUUAGAUAUUGUGUCAUUUUACUGUAUUUUAUAUGCAUAGAGUAGCGCCUGUACGUGUGUUUGUGCAUGUGUAAGAGACCAGAUUAUGCUUUUUGCUUUUGUUUUUUUAGGGAACAGUUCAGUGUAGUACCCUGACCUUUGGGUGGGUAGUGUCAUACCCGAACUUCAAUUUAGCAUCCGCCAUUAGUAGUCUGUCACAUGAUGUCACAUGUGAUUUAUAAUAUUCUGAAAUUCCAAAAUUACCCUUUUAAAAGACA